AUGGUUCCAGGAUCUUCUAAGCAGUUGAAGGUUCUAUGGGCGUUUCCGGCAGCUGCACGGUCUCCUCCUCAGUACACUGUACAGCUUAUUCAACGGGGAAUGUUUGGAUACAGAGACGCUAUAGAAUUUUUCAAGGAGAAGAACGACCCAGCUGACCCAGGCAGUGUUAUCAAAGCAUCACAAAUAUUCUGGAUUAAAUGCUGGGCGGUCUUUCCUUUCGCCGUCGCUCUCAAAAAUGCGCGGCAUACGCCCUUCAUCGGACGAAAGAAGAUGCACCCCGACACUUUUAAACUCGAAAAUAACAAGGCGGAGCAGCCUACAGCCAAGGUCGCCCUUCCAUCCGUUGCAUACAUCAAUGAGAGGAGGUUAGAGUCCGAUGUGUUUUUUUCCUACAUGAAAGAGGAAGCGAAUCCGCCAGUACCAAGCUCGAAAGAGCUGAUCGCCAUAGUCAGCACUCAGUGUUGCAACGCUAUACAGGACUCAUACCUUGAUGGCGGUAGUGCUUGUGGUUCUCAUAGUCCCGGUGCGAUAGACAGAAAAUCAGAUCUUGAAGGUUUCGUGGGCAUAUUCCGUUCUCCUCCUCUCCUCCCCCCUUUAUUCAAUCUAUAUUUCACAACUUCUGGUCUGGGCGUCGGACUACUGGUCUUUCAGCCCUUUUGA